AUGGCCCGAUACAGCGCAUCUCCCAAUUCUGAUGGGAGCAGCACCGAUUCUAUGUUUUUGACGCCUCUCAGACAACCCUCUGUUUCGACCGAGAGUGAUGCGAUUACAACACCAUCCAGGACAGACGAGAACGAAACAUCGGAUGCUGAAAAACAGCCGCCCAAAAGAAAGAGAAAACCAGUUCCCGGCAAAGGAUUUCACAAGUCAAAACGGGGUUGUUUCAACUGCAAGCGACGUAGAGUCAAGUGCUCUGAAGCCAAACCAGAAUGUCGCGGAUGCAGCCGCAUGGGAUUAACCUGCAUCUACCCAGAAUCCCCUUCACCUACACCCGAUAAAUCGCACGGAUCUUCUAUUGCGAAUGCGAAAGCUGGCGUCAAUCUCGACCACUUGCGCUUCUUCCGACACUUCCUGCUCGAAGCUUAUCCGCCUGCGCCGCAUGGCACGGAAGCUGUCUGGCACAAUGUCGCGGCGUUGUCUAGCGAGGCAUCAAACGCCAUAUUGGGCCUCGCUGCUCAGCACCUCACGCUGUUUCACGGCACCGACUAUUCCAUCCAGGCGCUCGACUUGCGAGUCGCUGCGAUCAAUGGAUUAAACGAGGCUCUCUCACAACCUUGUCUGACGUCCACCGAUGCAGACGCUCGAUACGCAGCCAUCAUAGCACUGACAUAUCAAUCUGCGUACAUGCCUGAUGCAAUGAUGGAAUUUAUAAUGAUGAUGCGUGGCUGGAUGUUUAUCCAGACGAAGCUUGUUCCGGAUCCCGAAAUGUCCAUGUUCCGCGACUUUACGAGGGAAGCUUUCGUCGGCAGUAUGAGGCAACACGUUGAGCUUCAAAGAAACGAUAAGGCCACGAUUGCACUGGACGAUUUCCUCGCCUCGCUUCACAUUGUUCGAUCGCUUUGUCAAGGAACCGGUGAGAUUAAAUAUCUUUCUGCGCUUGAGAGACUAGGCCGUCUGGCGAAAGAGUCACCAAUGGAAGCCUUUCUAGAAAUUGUUCCCUGCUACGCGUUGACGAAUAAAAUGACGGAAGACGAGUUUAAAGCAUUCACGCUGCCUUCCAACGGCACUGCACGAGUUCUACUCGCACACUUCCUCAUGCUGAAUUACGCGCUGGAGAUGCAAUUUCUCGGUCCCACGCCCAAACACUUUGCGUUUUGUAAACAGAUUAGUACGGCGUGGGUUAUACGGGUAGCGGCGAGUUUGCCGCCCAAGUUUCAGCAGCAUAUGAUGUGGCCGUUGGGAAUGGCGUCCGGUUCGAUGGGGAUGUGA